GGAGAGGAAGAGAGAGAAGCCGGUCUCAUGGACUGCGUUGCGGCAAUGACGGUGUCGUUUUGCCCGACUUGGAGGUCGAAAAGAAGAGGGCUGCCAAGUAAAAAGGAAGCUCCUUUCUUUGGCUACGGCUUGUACAAGAAGCAUUCUCUGCAAGUGAAAGCAAGUGCCGGAAGUGGAGGGGGUGUGGGUGUGGCUGUCAAACAAGGCUUUGCGGAUGAAGAGGAUUAUGUAAAGGCUGGCGGGUCUGAGUUACUUUUCGUUCAAAUGCAGCAGAACAAGGCCAUGGAAGAGCAGUCCAAGCUCUCUGACAAGCUACCGCCAAUAUCUGUAGGAGAUAAUAUACUGGAUUUGGUGGUGAUUGGUUGUGGUCCAGCAGGUCUUGCUCUGGCUGCAGAGUCAGCCAAGUUAGGAUUGAAAGUUGGGCUUAUUGGCCCUGACCUCCCUUUUACAAAUAACUAUGGUGUUUGGGAGGAUGAAUUCAAAGAUCUUGGAUUUGAAGGGUGUAUUGAGCAUGUUUGGCAGGACACCAUUGUAUAUCUUGAUGAUGAUUCUGACCCCAUUCUGAUUGGUCGUGCUUAUGGACGCGUUUGUCGAACCAAACUACAUGAGGAGCUUUUAAGAAUGUGUGUGGAGUCAGGUGUUUCAUACCUCAAUUCAAGGGUGAAAAGUAUUGUUGAAGCUAGCAAUGGCCAUAGUCUUGUGGCCUGUGACCGCGAUAUCAUAGUUCCCUGCAGGCUUGCUACUGUUGCAUCAGGAGCUGCCUCAGGGAAGCUUUUGCAAUAUGAGGUGGGUGGUCCAAAGGUGUCUGUUCAAACAGCUUAUGGUGUGGAGGUUGAGGUGGAAAACAAUCCAUACGAUCCCAACCUAAUGGUUUUCAUGGACUACAGAGACUACACAAAGCAAAAAGUUUCAUCUUUAGAAGCAGAAUAUCCAACAUUUCUUUAUGCCAUGCCAAUGUCUCCAACAAGAUUGUUCUUUGAGGAAACUUGCUUGGCUUCUAAAGAGGCCAUGCCUUUUGAUUUAUUGAAGAAAAAGCUCUUGUCAAGGUUAAAGACAAUGGGAAUCCGUAUUAUAAAAACUUACGAAGAGGAAUGGUCUUGGAUUCCAGUUGGUGGGUCCUUACCAAAUACUGAGCAAAAGAACCUAGCAUUUGGUGCUGCUGCUUGUAUGGUACAUCCAGCCACAGGGUAUUCAGUUGUGAGGUCUUUGUCAGAGGCUCCAAAAUAUGCUUCCGUGAUUGCAACUAUUUUGAAGCCGGGUCAUUAUAAGGCCAUUCCCGGCCGUCAAAUAAGUAAUGAGAACAUCUCGAUGCAAGCAUGGAACACCCUCUGGCCGCAAGAAAGGAAGCGCCAAAGAGCAUUCUUUCUUUUUGGACUAGCACUUAUUCUGCAACUGGACAUUGAGGGCAUCAGGACAUUCUUUCAUACUUUCUUCCGCUUGCCCACCUGGAUGUGGCAGGGUUUCCUUGGCUCCACUUUGUCCUCAGCUGAUCUCAUGCUUUUUGCCGUGUACAUGUUUGUUAUAGCACCAAAUAAUUUGAGAAAGGGCCUCAUCAGACAUCUACUUUCUGAUCCUACUGGAGCCACUAUGAUAAGAACCUAUCUCACCCUAUAGCCUGUCUGUGCGCCCUUCAAUUCCUUCCCUUAGCAGCCCUACAUAAGAACAUAGUUUAGAAUUAAUACACUCAGAUCCCACCCCACUUUUGGAAGUCACUUCCUUUUUGUGUAAAUAAUACAAAUACUCUUCCCUCUGCUACCAUUUAGAAGAUCAAAGAUGUGAUUAACAAUUGUAGUAAAUA